GUUGUGUCCAAAUCAAUAUGGCGCGUUCCUAGCAGCCUGUUAUCCCUAAAACAGUUGUAUUUCAAAGCUUUUUCUUGAAAGCAAUCCACGAUCUGCCUUGGCAGAUCCACCUAAGUGCUCCCCGGCCGGUGACAGCUCCGAGCCAGGAUGGCGUCGGGCAGCGGGGAAGGUGGUACGGGCGUGAGGACCAGCGUGGCCUCGCAGUUUUUCACUGGGGAAGAAGACACAGCUAUCGACAUGACCACCAGUGAAAAGGUGGUGGAUCUUUUGAACCAGGCUGCUCUAAUCUCCACAGAGAACAAGCUCACUGUCCUGAAGCAGGUUCAGGAGCUCAUCAUUAAUAAGGACCCUUCAUUGCUUGACAAUUUCUUGGAUGAGAUCAUAGCAUUCCAGACUGAUAAAUCGAUAGAAGUCCGAAAAUUUGUGAUCGGAUUCAUAGAGGAGGCUUGCAAGCGAGACAACGAGCUUCUGCUGAAGCUGAUCGCUAACCUGAACAUGCUGCUGAAGGACGAGAGCGUGAACGUGGUGAAGAAGGCCAUCCUCACCCUCACUCAGCUCUACAAAGUGGCCCUGCAGUGGCUGGUGCGCUCCAAGGCGGUGUCGGACAUGCAGGAGGCAUGCUGGGACAUGGUGACGCAGAUGAAGGAGGACGUGCUGGCGCUCCUGGACUCGGACAACGACGGCGUGCGCACCCACGCCAUCAAGUUCACCGAGUCGCUCAUCAUCACCCUGUCGCCCCGGACGCCCGACUCGGACACGCCCCGCCGGCAGGAGGGCGACAUCAGCCUGGACAAGAUCCCGCGGGACCACUCCUACAUCCGCUAUGAUACGCUGUGUGAGGAGGGGAAGCAGGCCCUGGAGCAGCUGCUGAAGUUCAUGGUGCACCCGGCCAUCUCCAGCAUCAACCUGACCACCGCGCUGGGCUCCCUGGCAACGCUGGCCCGGCAACGGCCCAUGUUCAUGUCCAAGGUGGUGCAGGCCUACGAGACCCUGCACGCCAACCUGCCCCCCACCCUGGCCAAGUCGCAGGUGAGCAGCGUGCGCAAGAACCUGAAGCUGCACCUGGUGUCGGUGCUGCGGCACCCGUGCAGCGUGGAGUUCCAGGGGCAGAUCGGCACGCUGCUGCUGGACCUGGGCAUGGCGCAGAGCGACAUCGCCCGCUGCACGCCCGCCCCCCGCGACCAGCGCAAGCGCGCCCGCCACGAGCCCUACGCCGAGGGCAAGAAGAUCAAGAUGGAGCCCGCUCUCAUUGAGGAUGAUGAAGAUAAGGAAGAGCCCGCCCCGGCGCUGGCCCCCAAGCCCUCGUCCGUCCCGGGGACGCAGUCCGCCAUCGACCUGACCGCCGAGUUCCUGCUCCCGCUGCUGUCCCCCGAAAACGUGGCUAACCUGGUGCUGAUCAGCAUGGUCUACCUGCCCGACGCCAUGCCGGCCUCCUUCCAGGCCACCUACACCCCGGUGGAGUCUGCCGGCACCGACGCCCAAAUUAAACACUUGGCGCGCCUCAUGGCCACUCAGAUGACCUCCGCUGGGAUUGGGCCAGGGCUGGAGCAGUGCAAGGCGAGAGAGGAGGAUGCUGGGAAGGAAGCGGCGGAGCUGGAGGCGGCGACAGAGACCCUGUCCGCCUCCAAAGACCUGCUCAUCAAGCGUAGGGUGUCGUCCGUGUCCAUGGGCCAGGCCAUCUCCGUGGUGGGGGCCUACGGGGGCAAGAGCCAAUCGGAGGACGCCGAGGAGAGCCCCCAGGUCGCCAUGGUGAAGAGGAUGCCUGAGCCCAUCCUGCCCUCCACGCAGACCAAAGCCCCCGGCGCAAGCGGGCGGAAGAAAGUGUUCCGAUUGGCCGACGUGAUGCAGCCCCUGGCGGACGCCCAGAUGGAGAAACUGACCAACAUGGCCGUCAAACGCAUCCUCCAAUCGGAGAAGGCCGUCGCGCGGAGUGGGAUGGCCCACGUCCGCGUGAAGCUGCUCUCCCGCCUGGUGACGCAGUUCGAGGGGGCGAUGAAGGACGAGGUGCUGGCCUUCGUCCUGGAGGACAUCCGCUUGCGCAGCGACCUGGCCUUCUCCCUGCUGUACCAGGAGUACAACGCCUACCUCAGCCAGCUGCCCAACGGCUGCCUGGACAGCUACGACCACUGCCUGAUCACCCUGCUGUCCGGCCUGCAGGAGAAGCCCGAGCAGAGGGACGGGUUGUUCACUAAGCUGGUGCUGGAGGCUCCUCUUAUCACAGAGUCCGCUCUGGAAGUGAUUCGGCGCUACUGUGAGGACGAGUCACGGGUGUACCUGGGCAUGACCACGCUGAAGGAGCUGAUCGUGAAGCGCCCCUCCAGGCAGUUCCAGUACCUGCACGUCCUGCUGGACCUCAGCUCCCACGACAAGGACAAGGUGCGCUCCAACGCCCUGACCUUCAUCAAGCGCAUGUACGAGAAGGACCAGCUCAGGGACUACAUCGAGAAGUUCGCUCUCAACUACAUGCAGCUGCUGGUGCACCCCAACCCCCCCUCUCUGCUCUUCGGAGCCGACAAGGACACAGAGGUGGCGUCUCCCUGGACGGAGGAGACCGUGAGGCAGUGCCUGUACCUCUACCUCUCCCUCCUGCCGCUCAACCACAGGCUGGUCCACGAGCUGGCGUCCGUCUACACCGAGGCCAUCGCCGACAUCAAGCGCACCGUGCUGCGCGUCAUCGAGCAGCCCAUACGGGGCAUGGGGAUGAACUCUCCCGACCUGCUCCUGCUGGUGGAGAACUGUCCCAAGGGGGCGGAGACUCUGGUCACCCGCUGCCUGCACAUCCUCACAGACAAAGUGCCUCCCUCUCCGGAGCUGGUGGAGAGGGUGAGGGACCUGUACCACAAGCGGGUGCCGGACGUGCGGUUCCUCAUCCCCGUCAUCAACGGACUGGAGAAGAAAGAGGUGAUCCAGGCCCUGCCCAAACUCAUCAAACUCAACCCCAUCGUGGUGAAGGAAGUCUUCAACCGCCUGCUGGGCACGCAGCACAGUGAGGGCAGCUCCUCCAUGUCUCCCCUCACCCCCGGGGAGCUCCUGGUCGCCCUGCACAACAUCGACUCCACCAAGUGCGACAUGAAGUCCAUCAUCAAGGCCACGAACCUGUGCUUCGGGGAGAAGAACGUGUACACGUCGGAGGUGCUGGCGGUGGUGAUGCAGCAGCUGAUGGAGCAGAGCCCCCUGCCCAUGCUGCUCAUGCGCACCGUCAUCCAGUCCCUCACCAUGUACCCGCGGCUGGGCGGCUUCGUCAUGAACGUCCUGGCCCGCCUCAUCCCCAAGCAGGUGUGGAAGUACCCCAAGGUGUGGGAGGGGUUCGUCAAGUGCUGCCAGCGCACCAAGCCGCAGUCCUUCACCGUCCUGCUGCAGCUGCCCCCGCCCCAGCUGAGCAGCGUGUUCGAGCGCUGCCCCGAGAUGAGGGAGCCGCUGCUGCAGCACGUGCACUCCUUCACCCCCCACCAGCAAGCCCACAUCCCCGCCUCCGUCAUGGCGGUGCUGGAGGCCAACACCAGGCAGGAGCCGGAGGUCGUCGAGCCAGAGGAACGGGAGAUGGAGCCGCCUAGCGUAGCGCCAGUGCCUGUGCCUGUGCCUGUGCCUGUGCCCGUGCCCGUGCCAGUGCCUGUGCCCGUGUCAGUGCCAGUGCCAGUGCCCGCCCCGCCCCCUGCAGUGGAACCUGCCCCGGUGUUGCAGGCCACCACCCCUGAGCCCCAACCCCAACCCCAACCCCAACCCCAGCAGCCAUAUCCAGCUAAUCCGGAAGAGGAGGAGGAGGAGGAGGAGCCAAUGGAGCAAGGAGAGCCCGCCCCUGUCGCUGCCCAAGACAACCCCACUGAAGCCGUCACGCAGGAGGAAUCGGUGGAACCCGAGGAGAUCUCCGCCCCCUCCCCCGUGGAGAAGGCUGAUGAGCCAAUGGAAGAGGGUGUAGCAGAGCCUCCUGAGGAAGCCGACCAAUCGAAAGAGCCCAUGGAAGAGAGUAACGUGGAGGCAGAGACUGAGGCUGGCGAUCCAGAAUGAUCGCCUGAGGACAGUACCGAGUAGCUUUAGCGUCGCAAAGGGUGGAGAAAAGGAAAAAGGAUACACUGGCGUGUGUGGAGUCCACAAAGAUUGAGCUGCUGAAGAUCUGGAAUAAGGACGAGCUGCAGAAAUUCAAGUCAUGGGGAAACACGCUUUUCUUUUUUAGAAAACUAAAAUAAGUAAUGUCAUAAAACUCCCUUGUGUAUCAGAGAAAGCUGAGAGGUAACUUUCUAGAUUUCUAGGUUUGUAUUUUGUCUUGGAGGAAGAAGUUGACUGAUUGCUUGGAACAAAAGGCAUUCUUUGAAAGAGAAUUAAAGGAAAUUUAAUAUCCUU